UGCAAAACCCUACCCUCACUCAGACUCCAAUGCACCAGUGAACCCUUAACAAUUUCCGUAAACCCCUACCAAGCCUCCGAGUUAGCACGAGUCAACUCAGUCCUCCAUGGACGAGUCUCCCGCCGAAACCGCCCCGGUUCCCGAGGCUAGGAACGGCGGCUCUGAGCGAACGCCGGAGGAGCUGGUGGACAAGUGCAUCGCUCCCGUGAAGAAACAGUUCCUUCGCCCUCCCCCUAUCAGAGGUCUCUCUAACGACCAGAACGACGCCGUCUCGGAGGGGAAAUCAAAGGCUUCCCAGACUAGUGUGGUGAAGGAGAAGAAGUCCAAGCGGCAGCUCAAACGCGAACGCCAACAGGCAGUGAAAUCGGCUGUAGGCAUCUGCCCGGAGGUGGCGAAAAGAGGAGAUGUUAGUCGGUGCCCGUACAAGGACAAAUGCCGGUUCAGCCACGACGUAGAAGCUUAUAAAGCUCAGAAACCUGACGACAUCGAGGGAGAGUGUCCUUUCAUGACUGCCCAAGAGGCAUGCCCGUAUGGAUUGGCAUGUAGGUUCUUGGGUUCGCAUAAAGACGGUGUUGAAGGUGGAGAUGUGAGUGCUCACAGGAGAAGCUCCGAGGUGAAUGGAUUGACCAAAGACGUUCAAAAGCUUUUGUGGAAGAAUAAAAUGAAGUUCCCCAAAGCAGAUGCCAAACUCAAGGCUCUUGGGCUCGAGGGGAAUGCCAAGUCAAAAAUAAAGAUAUUAGAAGAUAAGGAGGAUGACCAGGUUGUUUCAAAUAACUGUGAUGUCACUGAUGGAAAUGGCUGUAGUGAAUUGCCUGCUGAAAUAGGAGAAGAGGGUGGCCUUGAUGGAACAUGUCCAGAUGAUGAAUCUCGGCCUUCGAAGAAGACAAGAUCUGUAAUUGAAGAGGAGAUUUGCUCUGGUGAAGUAGAUGAUGGAGGUGUAAGUGCUGCAAAAGAAGCUGCUGAGCAGACCUCUACAGCACCUGAACCAGAGGCUACUGUUGGUAUUGUAUUACCAGAGAGUGAUAGAAGCCUAAGACUACACCCACGUGAAAGGAAGCUUAUUGAUUUUAGAGAAAAGUUGUACCUUGCACCUCUGACCACCGUUGGAAACCUUCCAUUCCGAAGGGUUUGCAAAGUGUUAGGAGCAGAUAUAACAUGUGGUGAAAUGGCAAUGUGCACAAAUCUUUUGCAGGGUCAAGCAUCAGAAUGGGCACUGCUGAGGCGACAUUCAUCUGAGGAUUUGUUUGGUGUUCAGAUAUGUGGAGCAUAUCCAGACACUGUGGCACACACUGUUGAGCUAAUUGAUCAGGAAUGUCAAGUGGACUUUAUUGAUAUAAAUAUGGGGUGCCCAAUUGAUAUUGUUGUGAACAAGGGUGCUGGUUCAGCUCUUCUUACAAAACCCAUGCGGAUGAAAGGCAUCGUACAAGCCGCUUCUGGUACUGUGGACUGUCCUAUAACUAUUAAGGUCAGGACAGCCUAUUUUGAGGGGAAAAAUCGCAUUGAUUCACUUAUUGCGGACAUGGGAAACUGGGGAGCUAGUGCAGUAACAAUACAUGGUCGAUCUCGACAACAACGCUACAGCAAGCUUGCAGAUUGGGAAUAUGUUUACCAGUGUGCCAGAAAGGCCCCUAAGGCUUUGCCAGUACUUGGAAAUGGAGACAUAUUUUCAUAUGUAGAUUGGAACAAGCACAAGGCUGAAUGCCCUGAGCUGUCUACAUGCAUGAUUGCUCGAGGAGCACUAAUUAAGCCUUAUUUUACUGAAAUAAAGGAGCAGAGGCACUGGGACAUCAGUUCUGGGGAGCGAUUAAAUAUAUUGAAGGAUUAUGUACGUCUUGGCCUUGAACAUUGGGGCUCUGACACAAAAGGUGUGGAGACAACUAGGCGUUUUCUGUUAGAAUGGCUUAGCUACACUUGUAGAUACGUACCUGUGGGUCUUCUAGAUGUCAUUCCACAACGGUUGAACUGGCGCCCGCCAUCCUAUUAUGGCCGUGAUGACCUUGAGACACUAAUGGCCUCUGAUUCUGCGGCUGAUUGGGUUAGGAUCUCUGAGAUAUUGCUUGGCAAGGUUCCAGAUGGCUUUACAUUUGCACCAAAGCACAAAUCCAAUUCUUACGACCGAGCUGAAAACGGUUGAUUUUGCGUAGUUUCUCGAUUCUGCGUAUGGACGAUAUAAUCUCACACGUCGAUGUGGGUGAACCUGACUUACCUCAUGCCUGCCUCAAACCAAGUUGCCCUCUCGGUCCUAAAAUGUCCUCAAAUAAUUCUUAACCAAGUCUGGUAGGCGCCAAUUUGUCCACUGGCCCCAGAAAUUGAAACCUGUUUGAUUAAAAUGCAAACAUUCUUGUUAUGUAUGCUAUAAUUUGUAUUUAAAAAACAUUUAGUAUGUUAUUAUACUGUCGCCUUGAUAGGUCUAAUUUUGGUCUUUCAGUCUA